AUGCCACGGUCGUUUAUGGUCAAGAAAAACACAAACGAGCGCUACAGGCCAUGGGAAAACCAGUCCGAGGAUGAAGGCCCAGGUGACCAGACGUCCAACGAGUGUGGCAAAGGCUUCAAGAGAUCCUCCACACUGUCCACACACAUGUUGAUACACAGCGACACCAGGCCUUACCCCUGCCCCUACUGCGGCAAGAGAUUUCAUCAGAAGUCCGACAUGAAAAAACACACCUACAUACACACAGGUGAGAAGCCUCACAAGUGCACCAUAUGCGGCAAAGCUUUCAGCCAGUCAUCAAAUCUGAUCACCCACAGUCGCAAACAUACAGGAUACAAACCCUUUUCCUGCGCCAAGUGUGGCAGGUCUUUCCAAAGAAAAGUGGACAUGAGGCGCCACAUUGAGCUAGCCAAUCAUUUCUGA